AGAAUUCUUCGUCACUGGUCACUCCGCGGGUUGUGAUUGGCUAUUUGUCACAUCAAGCCCCGCCUUCCGACUCCACUGAAAGAUGAGGAGCCCGCAGCUCGGAUUGCUAGAUCAUGGCUACAUUUAUGGAGCGGUUUGCUUUCCUCCAAAAAGUCCCAACUCUGAUGAAGGCUACAGCAGAUGAUGAGAGCCCCUGUCCUGGGUACCUUUUCCAAGAGAUUGGAAAAAUCUCCCACGAGUCCUCAGCUAAUGAUCAGUGCUUGCUGGAGUACCUUCUGGAGAGGCUGCAAGUCGAGUCCUGCCAUGUCAAACUCAAAGUGCUCAAGAUCUUCGUACAUCUGUGCGGCCAUGGCUCAAAACAUUUCCUCACUGAACUCAGGAGGAACUCCACCUUCAUUCAGCAAGCAUCAGUUUACAGUGGCCCUCCUGAUCCUAUCCACGGCCUGGCUUUAUAUCAGAAAGUGAGAAAGACAGCACAGGAAGUUGCACAGCUGCUUUUCACAGAUACAAUUUCCAUCAAAAGUGGAGUCUUCCCGCUCAACAUAUCAACCCCAACAAUGGGUAUGGGAUCGGCGGCCACACACAGGUCAGCAAUGCAGGGCUUUGGUUACAAUCCAGGUAAGAAAGGAACAUCAGGUACUGACUCCCUUUUGGAUAAGAUCCAAAAAGCUGCAGAGGUGGUGGCCAGUGCUGUCCUACCACCUAUAGAACACCAGGGCAUCCGGCUUCAUGACAACCACUACCGGGCUGUAGUGGCACCCUCAGCGCCAAUAGAAGUAGCUGUGCCAGCAUGUGCCUACAGUCUGUCUGCUCGCAAACCAAAAGGGGGGACAAAGCGAUGUCCAGGCCAGGUGGGAGGCGGAUGGGAAGAAGUUGACAGUGGCAACACGUCCUCUCACCACUCAUCCCAGGACAUUUCAACCUGUAGCCGAGCCUCCGGGGGAAGUAAAUCGGCGUGCACCGAUAGCCAAUCAGGAGCCAGUAGAGAAAGCAGUGGGGACCUAUCGGAACGGGUGGAAGCCAUGCAGCUGGGGGACUGUGGCCAGGAGAUGGCGCUCAUCAGCAAGCUGACUGAAGGAUCCAGAGUGUUUCUGUCCACUGAGGAGAGCCAGCACUUUGUCAAAAAGUGCUCCACUCUUAACUGUGAGGUUGUGGUGGAGUUGCUCUCAAGCCAGCUGCAAGAUUCCACAAACACGGUUAAGAUGAGAGCGCUGUGUGCUGUCUCCUGCCUCAUGACCACUGACCUGCUGUCCUUGGAGCAAAUAUUUGGGGCUACCCAAUGCCGGCUCUGUCAGCUCAGUGAAGGCCCUGUUGGACCUGCAGCCAACAAGGCUACUAAGAUCCUGCGACAGUUCAAGGCUUUGAUGGGUGGAGCUCACAAUGUUGCCAAACUGGAUCCAGCCAGCAGCAGCCAUACAUCACACAAUCAUGUCCCUCACCCACCAUCGUCGUUCAAUGUAAACCGCUUCUCCUCACAGGAGUUCAUAAACAAUAAGGAGAAACUUCUUCCAACAGAGCCAAAACUGGCUCUUGAUUCUGUUAGAACUGCUAAGAUGGAGGCAGCUGAAGAAGAGAGCGCACCUUGCAUGGAGUCUUUAAGCGUGCAACAAUGUGUCAGCAGACUGUCCCUCUUCACUGGUAUGAACUUGGUCACCAAGGGGAGGCCUUCGUAUGAGACUACAAUCUCCCACAUGGACAUAGACUCUGUAGAGGACAAUCAACCUGUGCACGAGUGCAACGGUCCAGAUCCUGUUGUGUCAGACAGCAGCCAACAGGCAUCAGCCUUCUUGUUUCUGAACUCUUGACAUCUAACAAGACUUU